CUGAGGGUCUAAGGCCUCCUAUUGCUUGAUUUUAGCACCCUUCUUAUUAAAACGCACUCUCUUUGAGGUAUUGCGCUGUCAGAUACCACCCCUCUCUGGCUCCCUCUCUUUCUCUCACUCACUCACUCACUCACACACACUAAGAUCUGCUGUUCAGUUUUAGCUCCACAUUUUCCGAGGUGAACUGCGUGAGAACGCGCGCUCUUCUCAUCAAAUUGCAAAAGUAACCACCCAGAGUAUUGCGGGGGGAGUCCAACCACUCAAAACAACAACGCGUGAGCUUCACAAUACAUUAUUUGUUUUGUGUGGCGGAGCUGAGGAGUAGUAGUAGUAGUAACAGUAGCGAGAAGAUAUGAUGCAGUUUUACUGAGUGGCUGUUGUGGAUAUGCUUCUUGGCUUCUUGUGAGACCAGGUCGUCUUCACUUCACGCCGUUUGCUUUUUUUAGGUCUGUCAAAGGACAUUUGACAAGCGGGAGUACACGAUGAACAAAAUAGGGCUGCUGCUGUGUUACUUUUUGGUGGAAUUCAUGGCUUUGGUGUGCAAAGCGCAGGGUAAAUCCGGGCACAAUUUGGGGAGCAUUGUGAUGGUUUCGGGGUCCAACGGGUCUAAAGACGGGGCUAACAGCGUUUCAGACCCUCCACCCUCAGCAGACAGGUGUCGGGGUUACUUUGAUGUGAUGGGGCAGUGGGACCCCCCGUUUAACUGCAGCGCGGGUACUUACCUGUACUGCUGCGGGACCUGUGGCUUUAGAUUCUGCUGUCAGUUCAGGCAGAGCAGGCUGGAUCAAAGCACCUGCACCAACUAUGAUACCCCGGUAUGGCUUAUGACCGGCAGACCCCCUUCCAAGAAAGACGAUCCCACGCACGACCCCACAAAGGAUAAAACUAACCUGAUUGUCUAUAUCAUUUGUGGAGUAGUCGCAAUCAUGGUCCUGGUUGGGAUUUUCACUAAACUGGGUCUGGAAAAAGCACACAGACCUCAAAGAGAAAACAUGUCCAGAGCCCUAGCAGAUGUGAUGCGCCCGCAGGGUCCCUGCACUGGGGAACAUCUGGAGCGAGAUGGCAAGCACAUACAGCACUAUGAGAACAUGCAGACCAGACCCUCCACCAACAAUCUGCACGCCUCCCAGAUGAACAACGUGGGCCACACCAUGUCCCACCCACACUCCUACCCGGCCCUGAGCCAGCUGACCAACCCCUACGAGCAGCAGCCACCCGGCAAGGAGCUCAACAAGUACACCUCGCUCAAGGCAGUUGCGGAGAAGGCUAACAAUGACUUCUACUCAAAGCGCCGGCACCUGGCAGAGUUGGCAGCUAAGGGCAGCCUACCGCUACACCCAAUGCGCAUGGAGCACGAGGAGAGCAACCCAUACAGCCCUGACCUGACCACUGUCAAACAGAACGGCCACAAGAACAAAAUCAGCAAGACGCACACGCACCCGCUGGCCUUCAGCUCCAACACGAUGAAGGGCUGGGACCCCAACGACACCUCCAGCCGCCGGCACACCUACAGCAACAAGAAGCACUGCACCGUGGAGCAGGUUAACGAGCUACACAGCAGCCGCACCCAGCAUUUUCUGCCUCCACAGCCUUACUUUGUAACCAACAGCAAAACGGAGGUGACUGUGUGAGACCCCCUUAGCAGAGUGAGAGUGAGUGAGAGAGAGAGAGAGAGAGAGAGAGAGA